AUGAGUAAUUUCAUCAACAACACGCUCGAAAAGAAGACCGGCCUCGACCUCAACCACGAUGGAUUCGUCGGCGGUGAAAAGAAUGCCGAGAAACAAUAUGGCGUUGACUUCAACGGUGAUGGAUACAUUGGUGGCGAAGGUAUCGCAAGCAAGAUUGAACGAACAACCCACGUUGAUCUGAACAAUGAUGGCAUCAUUGGUCGUCCACUAGAUACAUAUCCAGGUGGUUAUGGCGCUCCUCGUUAA